UCGAAUGGGAACGAUUACGAGUACCACCAAGCUUGACCGUUCAGCGUCGCCCAAAGCACUAACAUUCUGAGCUUCCGUAUGAGCCUCACGUACAAGAUGUGCUUACAAACGGACAAUCAAAACGACCUUCAGGAUUGAUUCGGGGGAGGAAACACGGGGUGCAGCAAGUACCAAUCGUUCUGGCGGCCCUUCGGAACGUUCCACGCUCUCACGGAGUCGUGAAUACUUAUAGUCGCAUUCCUCGUCUCACGAGUUCUCUUAUCCCCCCGAGGUGCCACCACGAUGACCAUUCAAGUUAAACACUACGUUCCGCCGCCCGUCACGAAAGAGUCAUUGGACUAUGCGGACCUUCCGAUAAUUGACCUAUCCAAGAACCCGCGUCCCGAAGAAGUGCGCGAAGCUAUGCAGACACAUGGAUUUUUCUAUGUAGUUGGGCAUGGUUUAUCACCUACCGAGAACCAGCGAAUCUUUGACAUUGCUGAUAUUCCGUUCACUGAUAUUAGUGAUAGCGAAAAGCAGCAGUACGAGGCGAAAAUCAUACAGACAGGGUCCUACCAGGGGUAUAAACUCCGGCAGUACUGGCACAUCGACAACGGGGUGAAAGACCAAAUCGAGCAUUACCAGAUUCACCGAGAUGUCACCAUGCGACAGCACCCCAAAGGCCUACGCCCGUAUCUCGAAGAGAUCGAAGCAUUUAUAAAGCACAACCACUUUAAUGUUCUUCAUCCCAUUCUGAGACUCCUCGCAUUAGGUUUAGGCCUCCCAGAAAAUGCCCUCGUGGAUAUUCACGGAUACUCCUCUGUCGGGGAAACAUCUUUGAGGUUUAUAAAAUAUUACCCCCACUCCGCCGAGGACAACAAAAAGACGAAGAAUGUUUGGCUUAAAGGGCACACCGGUACAUCUAGUGCUAUAUUACGUUACAUGCGACUGAUACCUGUAGAUACUGGUUCAAUAACCAUCCUGUACAGUCAGCCCGUAUCGGCGUUGCAGAUGCUUGCACCCUCGGGUGAGUGGAAAUGGGUAAAGCAUAUCGAGAAUGCGCUGGUCAUCAACGCUGGAGAUGCGCUCGAGUUUCUGUCAGGAGAGGUUUAUCGCUCUACGAUUCAUCGGGUCGUUCAACCUCCCAUGGAUCAGAGGGGGUGCCAACGCCUUGGAGUAUUCUAUUUCUCUUUGCCAGAUGAUAACGUGAAACUCCUUCCUUUGGUUGACACCAAAACACCGAGUCGACGGUUUGUGGAUGUGGACACUCCGACCAUGGAAAAGUGGCGAAAGGGGAGAACGGCAGCGUAUGGAAAGACGCAGCCGAGGAAGGUAGACGGGGAUGAGAGGGUCGAAGAGGAAGUUAUUGCUGGGGUUGUGAUGAAGCAUUAUAACUAAUGAGAGGUAUCCGUAGUUCAAAAGGCUGUCAAAACAUAAAGUGCAGUGAUUAUGAUCCAAAUUUUUCUGCCUUUUAUGUCUACUUCAGGAAUUGCUUUAACUAUUAACCAUAUCAAUUAUGUACUUGAUAAG